AUGACAACUCCGGAUGCCUAUCGAGAUGUGGAAUACAUCGCUGACGUGUCCGGGAUCUCCAAUGGAAGCGUCGCGGGCCUUACAGGGCAAGACUCGAAUACAUUGAGUCGGGAUAAUGACCGCAUAAGAAAGUUGCAGUCCGCCGCAAAGGUCGCGUUUAUUGAUCGUCUGCUCCGCGAUCUGGAUAUAUUGAUCUACUGCGAGCUGUCCGCGCUCUAUUACUUAGAUUGCUCCAUCGUACUGUUCGCGAUACGUGCCAUCGUGCAAUUGAUCUUCUUCACUCCCAAAGUACCCCCUUUCGAUCCGACGCGGAACCAACCCUUCAUCGGAGCCAUCUUCCUCAGUAAUAUAUUCUGUAUGAUCUUCCACAACCUCUUCAGUCUUCCGGAGGCCGGAGAAGCUACGCGAGGCUAUGUGCAUGGGGGGUUGUUGAUUGAUUUCAUCGGGCAAAAAACGCCCGUCUCGCUAUUCCGCCUCUUAUCGCUGGAUGUUCUUGUUCUGGUUCUCGAUCUCAUCAUGCUGGGUCUUAUUAUCGAGCGAGUGAAGACGACCGAGGCUACUGCCACUGCGUCUACAGAGACGUCCGCACCGCAAGACCACGAUUCGGAGGAGCGAGGUGUGCAUAGAGGCGACGCUCAGCCUCCCAGUGAUGGAAGUGACAGUGGUGAAGCCGAUUCCCAUGAUACUCAUACUCAUACCCGUACACACACACAUACACGUGCUAGCUACGAUGAACAGACGGAGCAGACACGGUUAUUGGCGGACCCGUCAGAGGAAGGUCUUGCGUCCCAUACGAAGAACAGCCAUGCUCUGGAUUUGUUUUCCUCAGGAGAAGCUGUGAUUAUGGAUCUUGGCAUCAUAACUGCCAUUCGAGAUCAGUGGCGCUAUAGCACUACUACUUCGCCGAGGCAUACAUCUGCUUAUGUUCCAUCAGAUCAGACGGCGGCAUUUCUCCGAGAACGGUUUGGAUUACAGGUUGGACCCGAUGGACGUGUUCAGCGAAUAGAGACCUGA